CAAAACGUUAUCGCUUUUAAAACUUAAAUAUUUAGUAAUAUUUUCUGCAGCUAAAUUGUUCUACGGAUAUAUAUUUAUCAUAACGUAUAUUAAGUAAUUCAAUAUUGAUAAUAUAACCGUUCAAACAUAUUUAUUGAAAGUUGUCAAAUUUCAUAACAUUUAUUAUCAUCACAUUUUGUUUCCCAUUAUAGUGGCAAUUCUUGAUUGACAUAUUAAUUCGUAAAAUUAUAUUACUGCAUAAAAAAGUCCAUAUCAUUUAUCUUGGCCGAUAUAUUUUCGAAAAUUUAUAGUGUUUUAAAAUGGCAUGAAUCUGUUGGCUGCCUUUUUGUGUUCAAGUACGCAUUGCGCACGUCUAAUUAGAUGAAACAUGGCCGGCCGUAGCGGUUAUGACGAAAGAGACAACAGAGAUUUUGGUGGCGGAAGCCGAAGAGGCGGUGGUGGUACUGGAGGUGGUAAAAAGCCUCUUCCCACUGAACCACCAUUUACUGCUUACAUAGGUAACCUUCCAGCUGGAGUGAUCCAAGGCGAUAUAAAUCUUGUUUUUAACAAUUUAAAUGUCAAGAAUGUGAGACUCGUGAAAGAUAAAGAAACUGACAGGUUUAAAGGAUUCGGUUAUGUGGAAUUUGAAACUUUGGCAGAUUUGGAACAAGCCAUUGCAAUGAACGGGGCUGUAGAAGUAGAUGGCAAUCUAGUUAAAAUUGAUGUUGCUGAUGGUAAAAGAAAUGAUAGAGGAGGAGGCUUUGAUAAAGGUGGUAGAGGAGGUAGAGGAAGAGGCGGAGGAGGAGGAUUUAGAGGAGGUGAUAGAUAUGGUAAUGACGAAUUUGAUGGACGGCCUCUUUCUAGAGGAAAUUUCAAUGAUAGAGAUAGAGGUGGUCAUCGAGGAAAUUAUGGUAACUUUGCAGGUGACGAUGGACAUAGAGGUGAGUGGUCUUCUCAAAAUAGAGGUAGAGGUGGUGGCGGUCCCCCUAGCAGUGGUGGUCCUCCUAGUGGUGGAACGGGUAGUACUGGUGGAUUCGGUGGAAAUAGGUCGCGACCAGAUAGGAAAAGUUUUUCAGAAGAGCUUCCUAAUCCUGCCCCAGAUACAUCGGGUAGACAGAGAUUAAAAUUGCUACCAAGAACAGUAAAAGCACCAAUAAAUUCAACGGCAGAUACGGAACGAAGUGUAUCUAUAUUCGGUGCAGGUAAACCGAGAGAAGAAAAAGUCUCUACGGAUAGCAAAGAUGAUUAAUUUUGUGUGUGUCUCUUGUUUUCUUUUUAUUAAGUUAUUGUGAGAAUAAUUUUACAUUCAUGCAGAAUGUAAUCCUAAUAAAAGUAUGCGAGGGAAUUUUUAAAAAAGAACUUCUGUUCUACCAUUAUUUUUUUUGUUUCAAUUAGGUCUUUAAUAAAUGCCGAUUUAUCUGUUUAAUAUCUUGGAGAGAAAGUUUUAGUUAUCGCUUUUCAUGAGAACGUUCUAAUAGCUGCAUUUUACUGUUUUCUUUUUUUUUCAUAAAGCAGGAGUUCCUUGUAUUUAAAAAAAAUCUAUAUAUGUUAAUAUAUAUUUUUUUCUUCUAUAGGCGAGACUCUCCCAAAACAUACUAGUUAUUAAUUAAGAGCGUUAUAUCGCAAUCACUUUAAAAUUAAGAACACAAGUGUGAUACAUCGAAUUUUUUUAUUUAAUUAAAUGUUGUUUGUUGAGAAAGUGUUAUUCUUUUUGGGGCAUUUUAUUAUUUUAAAUAUAAUUUUUGCUUUUAGUAAAGUUGAAACCUUAUUGAUUUUUUUGGAAACUAUUUCUAGCUUCCCGUUUAAUCAAAUUGUAUUAUAUGAACAAAUAUGUUUUUUAUUAAACAUUGUUCUUUUGUCAAAUUUCUUACCUUUUUAUCCCUUAGCUUUUCAAAUUUUCUACUGUAGCUCUUAUUCUACUUCGAAUUAUUUACUUCACUACUACUCCAGGAGUUCCUAUAUUAUCCUGUAAGGGCUUCUUCAAUCUUUCAAUCGAGAGAGGAUCUUCUCCAUAUUGUUUUUUGGCAUAUAUAUUUUCUUGCCUUUUUGGUUUAGUCUAUCCUGCAAUGGAUGAUUACUUCCACUUUUUCUAUUGUACUCUCUUGAACUGGAUCAAUUCAAAGGACUAUUUUAAGUACUCACCCUUCAAGGGCUGUUCCUUAUGACAGCUUUUGUUUUUUCAUAUUCCAUAUUGCUCCAGGAUUUCCUCUACUGUCCCGUAGGGUGUAGGGGUUUUAUUCAUAGAGAUACAAUCUUCUUAUGUUAUAUUUAGUUUUUAUUCUUCUGGGGUUUCUUCUCUCUUGAAUUAGUUGAUUAUUUCUGCCCUUUCUAUCGUAUUCUCUGGGAUUGGUUCAAUUAGAACUUCCACUAUGAUGAAGACUUUUGGAAAUCCUCUUUUUAUUCUGGCAGCUUUUGUUUUACUCCUCAAUAGUUUCUCCUCUUUACCAUUGUAUUAUAACUUCUUUUAUAACUAACAUAUUUCUCCAAGAGUUCCUCUAUUGUCCUGUAAGGGUCUUCUUAAUCUUUUGCUGAAAUAUAUUUCCUGGAUAAUUCUUUAAGUUCACGUCUCUUCUUUUGACCAUUUAUCCAAAAUGCAAAGACUUAUCCCAUAUUGUUCUGGAAGAUCCGGUAUGGGCUUUAACUCUUUGAGAAAGAGAGAGAGACUCUUCUCCUUGUUUCCUUCGUUUCAGUAUUUCAAAACCCUUUCUCUUGUCAACUAUGGAUUACAAUAGAAGAUCGUAUCGUUUCUUUCAUAAUACCUGAUUUAAAUCAAUUCGGAGGACUUGAUAUAGAUUUUACUUGAAUAUAUGGAGCAUUUUUUAAUUAUCUUCAAUAAAUUAAAGCUCGAUGAGGAUUAUUUCGGAAUACUUUGUUGUAUCUAACUAAAUUGACACUAUAAUCCACUGUGGAUAGAAACCUAGUUAUUUCAAAAUAAUUCCCAAUAGCGUAAAAAGUUUCUAUCCACAUUUUUUUAAUAUUUCUAAUAAUAAAGUGUCAGUUUUAAUUAUACCAUUGUAUGGUCACUAUUAAUAAUAUUUGCUUCUGGUAUGUUUUGGUGAAGCUUCCAGUUAAAAGUUUAUUCUAAAAAAAUUGUGUAUUUUGGUUAAAAGAUGGCAUUGUAAAAAGUCCGGAUACAGCUUCUGUAUCUUUUUUGUAUAUUAUUAAAUUUUUACAAUGCUACAGACGUCGUUUACACAUAUUGUGCGAACUACUGUCAUGUAUAAUAUAUUUAAAACAAAUAAACAUUGUCAAGUUCG